AUGGCGUUACUCUGUAAGCCAGCCAAGAACAUCCCAGGGCCCCUGGGGUCCUUGCGGCCGCAGGAGCUUCUGGAGCAGAAAAGCGGCCGUGGUUCCGCUCCCGCUCCUGCUGCAUCCUCCUCGCCCAUCCUGGGGCUGGGGACCAAGGAUGUUGUUAUGGAAGAGUACAGUGAAAAGAACUUUUAUGAGUCUGAUGAAGAACAGAAAGAAAAGGAACAGAAAGUGAAGAAACUGUAUGCUAUGGAUCCAGACCACAGGCUGCUUUUACGGAAUACAAAGCCUUUGCUACAAAGCCGAAAUGCUGCUGUGGUGAUGGCAGUUGCACAGCUGUAUUGGCACCUGGCACCAAAAUCUGAGGCUGGCAUAGUUUCCAAAUCAUUAGUGCGUUUGCUUCGUAGUAAUAGGGAGGUGCAGUAUAUUGUUCUGCAGAAUAUUGCGACUAUGUCCAUCCAAAGAAAGGGCAUGUUUGAACCUUACCUGAAGAGUUUCUAUGUUAGGUCAACUGAUCCAACGAUGAUCAAAACAUUAAAGCUUGAAAUCUUGACAAAUUUAGCAAAUGAAGCCAGUAUAUCAACUAUACUUCGAGAAUUUCAGACCUACGUGAAAAGCCAAGAUAAACAAUUUGCUGCAGCUACAAUUCAGGCUAUAGGCAGAUGUGCAACCAACAUCUCAGAAGUGACUGACACAUGCCUUAACGGCCUAGUGUGUUUGCUGUCCAACAGGGAUGAAAUAGUGGUUGCUGAAAGUGUUGUUGUUAUCAAGAAGCUUCUACAAACACAACCAGCACACCAUAGUGAAAUUAUCAAGCAUAUGGCUAAGCUCUUGGACAGUAUUACUGUUCCUGUGGCUAGAGCCAGCAUUCUCUGGCUCAUAGGAGAAUAUUGUGAACGAGUCCCAAAAAUUGCACCUGAUGUUUUGAGAAAGAUGGCUAAAAGUUUCACUAAUGAAGAUGAUCUUGUAAAGCUGCAAAUUUUAAAUUUGGGAGCCAAACUUUAUUUAACCAACUCAAAACAGACAAAUUUGCUUACCCAGUAUGUAUUAAAUCUCGGCAAGUAUGAUCAAAGCUAUGACAUCAGAGACCGUACGAGAUUUAUUAGGCAGCUUAUUGUUCCAAACGAGAAGAGUGGAGCUUUAAGCAAAUAUGCCAAAAAAAUAUUUCUGGCACAGAAACCUGCCCCAUUGCUUGAGUCUCCUUUUAAAGAUAGGGAUCAUUUCCAGCUUGGCACCUUAUCUCAUAUUCUGAACACCAAAGCCACUGGGUACCUGGAGUUAUCCAAUUGGCCAGAGGUGGCGCCUGACCCAUCAGUGCGAAAUGUUGAAGUAAUUGAGCCGACAAAAGAAUGGACAGGACUUCUAGGCAAAGCAAAGAAAGAGAAGCCUACUAAAAAGUUUUAUUCUGAGGAUGAAGAUGAGGAUGAAUCUGCUAGCAGCAGUGAUACUGAGAGUAAAUCUGGUAGUGAAAGUGAAAAAGAGAAGGAAGAAGGGAGCAGUAUGGAAAGCAGUGGAAGUUCUUCCAGUGAAGAAUCGAGUGAUAGUGAAAUGGACAGCAAAGAAGGUAGAACAAAGAAAAAAUCUGAAACAAGUGAGGAAAGUGACUCAGAUGACACUGAAAAGAAAACAAAGAUGAUCUCCAAAGGAAAGAGAACCUCCAGGUCCUCUGAAUCAGGAUCUAGUUCAACAGAGGAAAGUUCUUCAGGUUCUGAAUCAGAAUCUGACUCUGAAAGUGACUCUGGAUUAAAAAAACCUGAAAAGGCUACUUCAAACAAGAGAGAAGAAAAAACACAGCAAAAGAAAAAAACUCCCAAUAAACAAGAUGUGUCCUUACUAGAUCUGGAUGAUUUUAGUUUUGUUUCGACUCCUGUGGUAGUUCCCAGACCAGCUAUUUUGCCUCCAAGUUUAGUUGCUGACCUAGAGGGCUUAAAGCUGACAAGUUCAUCUGUCAUUGAUGUCAGUACUCCAGUUUUUGUGCCAAUGGAAACUCAUGAAUUGCUUCAUCGAAUGAGUGGAAAAGGAUUAUCAGCUCAUUAUCACUUCUCAAGACAGCGGUGCAUUUAUGGUGAUCAAAUGGUAUCUGUACAAGUAACAUUAACUAACACCACUGACCAGAAGAUAGAGAAUAUUCAUAUAGGAGAGAAAAAGCUACCUGCAGGGAUGAAGAUGCAUGUGUUUAACCCAAUAGAAUCUCUUGAGCCUGAGGGAUCCAUUACUGUUUCAGUGGGUAUUGACUUCUGUGAUUCUACUCAGACUGCCAGUUUCCAAUUAUGCACAAAGGAUAAUCACUUCAAUGUUAGCAUUCAGCCCUCUGUUGGAGAACUACUUUUACCUGUCACUAUGUCAGAGAAAGAUUUUAUGAAAGAGCAAGGAAUGCUUGCAGGAAUGAAUGAGACAUCUACUACAAUUACUGUUGCUCCACAGAAUUCCACCCAUUCUGUAAUAAUUCAAAAAAUAGUUAAGGCAGCAAACCUGGGGGUUGUUCCUUCUGGUCAAGAUAACAUACACAGGUUUGCAGCUAAAACUGUGCACAGUGGGUCAUUGAUGCUAGUCACAGUGGAGCUGAAGGAAAGCUCUACAGCACAGCUCAUCAUAAACACUGAGAAAACUGUGAUUGGUUCUGUUCUACUGCGGGAGCUGAAGCCUGUCCUCUCCCAGGGGUAACCUGCUUACAUCUGGACUUCAGAAUCUGGCACACAACAAAAGUGCCUGGCAUCCACUACUGCUGCCUUUCAUUUAUAAUAAUAGCCCUUCCAUCUGGCAGUGGGGGAAGAAUACACUCUUGACAUUCUUGUCUCCUGCUUUAGAAUGCUAGUGUGUAUCUAUCAUGUAUGCAAGUACUUUCAGUUUUUUCCUGCUUGCUAACCAAAGAACAUAUAUUUUACUGUCAGUUAUCCACGCUCUUAAAUGUAUUUCCCAUUUGUUCAGUUCUUGUGCUUCCCUUCUUCCCUUCCACUUACCUCUCCAUUUUUCCCUGCUAGUGGACAAAUAUUAGGUAAUAAAGUUUAGGAAAAAUGCACUUGCUUGAGAACUGAGCUAAAAUGUCAGAGGGAAACUCCGCAGGAUAGUAUUAGAUGGGUUUUAUUGUAUGAGAAGUGUGAAAGGACAAUGGGUACUACAACAUGUCCUUGUCUUCUCAAGUUACUUGUAAGCUUAAAUCCAUAUAUAUUGUAAAAUGUUGCUGCCAGUUACUGCCAUAUUGUCAAAUAUUUCUAAAUGUUCAGAUUCUAAUAAAGUCGAAUUACAAAUCAAA